CCGGGGCUGCUCUCUCUCCCGCGCCGCCAUAUUGGACAAAAGGAAAGUUUCCCCAUGAAGGAGGAGGCCUAGGGAGGGCUCCGCGAAGCCGCGCUCAGCCUCGUCUCCCCCCCCCCCCAACCAGCCAACCAACCCCCUCACCACCACAAAAAACAUCAUCUCUCUCUUCGUCGUCGUUUUAUCCUUAUCUGUUGUCAGAAAUGCUCAGAAGAUGUCUCUGGCAUCGCUGAAACAGGAGCUGAAGCUGCUCGAGUCCAUCUUCGACAAGAGCCACGAGCGCUUUCGGAUCGUGAGCGGCGGCGUGGACGAGCUCGCGUGCCACUUCCUCAGCGGCGCGUCCGCCCCGCUCGUCGUCCACUGCACCAUUACGGAAGGUUACCCGAGUUCGGCACCGAUAUGGUUUGCAGAAUCAGAUGACCCUCACUUGGCUGCUGUACUUGAGAAAAUCGGCAGCAUAAACUCAAGCAGAACUUUGCUUUUGCAGCAGCUGAAGCGGUUGCUGACAGACUUGUGCAAGCUGUGUGGCUUGCCGCAGCAUCCCGACAUUGAAAUGCUGGAUCAGCCUCUCCCCAGUGAGCAGAGUACCACGGAUGAAAACAUGAGCUCAGACGAAGAGGAUGAAGAUAUGGCAGAGGACAAUGAUGACAUGGACCACUAUGAGAUGAAAGAGGAUGAGCCGCCAGAAGAGAAAAAGACUGACGAGGAUGGGAUUGAAAAAGAGAAUUUGGAAGUCUUAGAGAAGAUCCGACAGAACCAGCGCAGAGACUACCUAAAUGGAACGGUAUCUGGCUCAGUCCAGGCUACUGACAGACUGAUGAAAGAGCUCAGGGAUAUUUAUAGGUCUGCAAGCUUCAAAGCAGGAAACUAUGCAGUUGACCUUGUAAAUGACAGUCUCUAUGAAUGGAAUGUGAAAAUUCUGAAAGUUGACCCAGACAGUGCUUUGCACAGUGACCUUCAGGUGAUGAAGGAGAAAGAGGGCAAAUGUCACAUUUCUAUGAAUUUUUCAUUUAAAGAUAAUUUUCCAUUUGACCCACCUUUUGUGAGAGUGGUGUCUCCAAUCUUGACUGGCGGAUAUGUUCUUGGGGGAGGUGCAAUAUGUAUGGAACUUUUGACAAAACAGGGUUGGAGCAGUGCAUAUUCCAUCGAGUCGGUCAUAAUGCAGAUCAGUGCAACCCUUGUGAAGGGCAAGGCACGCAUUCAGUUUGGAGCAAAUACGAAUGGAUUUCUUUCACAGAACCAAUACAGCUUGGCUAGAGCACAGCAGUCAUUCAAAUCCCUCGUCCAGAUUCACGAAAAAAAUGGAUGGUUCACACCGCCAAAAGAGGAUGGCUAGUUUGAGGAGCCCCCACCCGCCUUGUUAUUGAAUGGACCAUGUACAGUUCCCUUAGGUUUCCCCGAAUCUGCUGAGGACACUUUCACUCCAAGUAUUGCUUCAUGUAAAAUGUAGGCAUGAGUUAAGUAGCUUCGUCACAGAAAACUGAAGUGAAAACCUUUUCCUCUUCUGGAUGCUCACUCGAAGAUUCUUCUCUGCUUCUGCGGUGAAUAGUAUACAAGAUACGUGAAGAAGCUGCAAUGUUUAAGCCUCGUCUUCAAUAAGAAGCCUUGAUUGUGAUGAGGAAAAAUGUUCCGUUAUAAAAAAAAAACUUCUAUUACACAUGACCUUGUUAUUUUCAAUGACAUAGUUUGAUUAUGAUGAAAGAAUGUGCUGCUUGGUUCUCUUUGGCUUGUAGAAUACACAUCUCAAACUUUUUAGGUGUAAUUUGUUAGUUCUGCGUAACAAUGGUAAGUGCAGGAUAAAGCUGUUGACCACAGUAAUCGGAAAUGGGCUGCUCAUGCACUUACUAAGUCCUUGCAGAAAAUUGUCUUCUCCCCAUUUAAAAUAAUUUGCCAUUGGGAAGUGCAUUGUGAGUGUUUACAUUUGGCUGUGAACUCCCUCGUUUGCGUAUUGCUGCACAAUAGAAAUAAAGGUCAAGUAAACACACAAUUUCAUUUUAACUUAAUGCGAUUAUAUCCGAGUGCACCACUGUCCCAAGCAAAAAUAAAGUACACUUCCAAUGUCACCCAUUAGGGCUUGUGUAACCUGCUGGAGACGGUGUAAUUGUACAAAUUAAAUAAAAUAGCCAACUUUUAUCAGCUUCUGUUUCCAUUAUAAGCAUUAUGUAAAGCAAAUUGAAGUUUAACUUUUCAGGGUUCAUUGUAUGACUUUGCAUUCUUUAUACUGAUGUUGAAGCUGUUUAAACUGCAGGAUUCUGGUUAAAAGUACUGCAAAAUAUAAUUGUGCUAAAAUGUGAAUUCUGUUAGUCUAUUUACCCGACAGUAAAAUGGGUUCAACUUUGAACGUUGUGUUGUAUAUCCUUGGACCCAGGUAUGUCAAGGAUAGUUGCGUUAGCGGCAACGGAACUACCCUUUACGUACAUGAGAAGAUGGUGUAAUUGAAUGAGGGAUGGGCAUUGUAGGUUUGGGUGCAUGAAAAAUGGACUCAAAACACGUCUUUAAGCCUAUUCUUUAUUGGCUGAUUCCCUCUGUUUUAGUUGUAAAAUUACAGACACGUUAAAGCUGCACGUGGUUAAUGUAACAUCACUUGUGAGUCUUGACAUGAUAAAAAAAAUCAAUAUCCAUUUUUUUGCCGUGGUUGUCAAUAUACCUAUAGACUUGUAAAAAAAAAAUCGCACACCAUUUUACAGUUACCGAACAUCUUUUAAAUGUUAUCGACCAGUCAUACUACUGUUAAUAUAACAACUGCAUACAUAAAAAUGAUAAAACUAUUACAGUACUGUAAAGAUUUGAGCCUUUUAAUAAAUAUGCAAAUGUACCCAGA